UACCUUAGGUUAGGUUAAGUAAUUGUGUGUAACGCAAUAACAUAUGAUACGCGGAGAUAUAGAAUGUGGACAUAAAUGUUUAAACUGAAUCCUUAAACUUGAUACACGUAUUUUGGCUCUGCAGUGUAUAUAUAUUAUGCUGCCACUUAAGAGCCGCCAAGCCCGUUUCUCAUCCGAUUUGCGUCGACCUGCCGCCUGCUUUAGCCAAGCCACGCUCCGAACUAUACGAGCCGAUCUUCGGCUCAAGAAUUUCUCGACUUCCCGAUAUGCGUACAGCCGCCCUAAGCUGCUACAACUUUUGCUCGUGUAUAUACCGACUUUCGUCUCCGUUUCGAGUGGUCUGAAGUGAACUCAGUGAUCGUGCAAGUGUUGCUGGUGAAGCUUUUAAGUGUACAUUCUAUGCGUGAAACAUCGCUGGAUAUGUAAGAAAAAUUGUGCCGCCGCAAUUUCAAGUACCGAUAGGUGGAUCUUGGAUUUUCUGGCCUAAAACACACCGUGGGAUUUCCAAGCUUCCGUUUUUCGGCGGACAGCGAUUCGUCUGGCUAGAAUUGUGAGAUGUUUUAUUUCGGAUCUUUCUCACACCGAAUGUUACGCGUUGUGUGAUGGAAGAUAAUGGACACUGGUGAAAGAUAUAGACUUGCAGUGCAGUCAGCAAACGUGCGAAAAAGCUAAGUAAAUAGAUUAGAAGUCCCUUUGCGUGAUUUUUAUGAAAGAUCGCCGAUGAAAUUGCCGAAGAGAGAACGGAAUACGCGUUUCCAAUGAAAAUAUCAAGAAAUAUCACGAAGGAAAUCUUGCGAUUCUAACCUCUUUCGAACGUCAAAAUUUUCAGUAAAACCAAAACCAAAAAGGAAACGUAAUUAAUUUAUGCGGAGAGAAAAAAUUUAAUCGUUAACACCGAAACCAAAUAGCAAAAUCUACGAACGCUAUAAAACAAGCUUCGAAUAUGAAGAAUAUUCUGAAAUGAUAGAAACGUAUAUCAGUUUCGGACGUAUGAAACAAAAAAGAAAGAAAAGAGAAAAGGCGAUUAGCUGUUGAGAUCGAAUUCGGUUAGCCGAGACGAAACGUUCAAGAUCAACGAAGAAACGUUGGUGUGUAAAAUAUGGAAUUAGAACGACGAGGAAAGUGAAGGUCUGAUCGCCCGAAAGGAAAAUGGAAUUCCAUAAGUACGCGUUGCUUUGAAUUGUCCGCGUGUUGCGCUCAUCGUGCACGGUACGCAACGCAAUUGGGGAAACUCUUUUAUUGGAAAUGAGGUCGUGCGAUCCUACGGUAUAGAGCGUAGAAUAUCGCAGAAUACUCGUACAAUAGAACAGAGAGAGAGAGAGCGAGAGAGAGAGAGAGAGAGAGAGAGAGUAUCUGUCGUAGGAUAAAAGGGAAAGAAAAAAAGAAAAGAAAAAACGCAAAAAGCCACGUUGGAUAUAUCUGGGAUGCACGUGGGAUUGGCUGUUUUCACGCCACUGCUUGGGACAGUUGGGACGCCUAUGCGUCGGAAAAUUCCUCCGAGAAGACGCAUACCCCCGUCAUUUGUGUAGCUAACUAGAAACGCUAAUUAAUUUAUGACCAACUUUUUAAAAAUAAAGUUCAAAUUGAUAGAAGGGAAAAAAAUUAAGAGAUUUAAGAUCAAAGGAAAAUAGAUUUCUAUACAGACAGAACCCAAAAAUAAGUUUUUAGGAAAAUUUAGUUGUUGUUCCGAAAUCUGUGGGAGGAAUUUUUCCAUAAGGCAAAAUUUACGAAGAAACAAAUUAUACGCGAAGCAAUUAGAAAAGUUUAAUCGAAUCUUUAAGGAGAAAAUUUGCAAAAAAGAAGAAAAAGUUGAAAAAAAAGAAGAAAAAAGAGAAAGAAUAUCGUGAGAGAAAAUUUUCCAAAAUGAACAUUUUUAUGUGCAAUUUUCUCGGCUGAAAGAAUUUAUUUACUAAAUGCAACAUGCGUAUUGAUCUCCAUUGUUGCACGGAUAACGGAAUUAAGUAAAAACGAUGGUAAAAAGUGUCGAAAUUGAGGCGAGUCUAGGCACGUAAACAUUUUUGAUCAAAGUUUUGUAGAACGAUGAUGCAGCUUUAGCUUAAAGAAAGAGUAUAUGGAUAGGAAAGAAUGCGCGUGUAGUCAAGAUGGUUGUUCGGAGGUGUUAAACGGAAAGACAUCGAAUUUUCAAGACGAAGUUGCUCAGGGCACGAGAAUGGAUAGAAACGAUAGCAACGUGGGUGUCGGAAAUUCGGCUAACCCCCCAAAUUCGUCUUCCACGACACACGGUAUUCUUCACAAUACUUCCGUUGGAACCGAUGCACAGAACGGCGACAGAGGAUGGGAGGUUCAUCAUGUUACUGUUACCAGAGUUCCGGGUUACGGAUUCGGUAUUGCUGUUUCUGGUGGUCGGGAUAAUCCCCAUUUCACUAAUGGCGAUCCUGCUAUCGCGAUUUCUGAUGUCUUGAAAGCUGGACCGGCCGAAGGAAAAUUGCAAGUAAAUGAUCGCAUAAUAUCCGCCAAUGGAAUAUCGUUAGAGGGCGCCGAUUAUGGAGCAGCAAUUCGUGUUCUCAGGGAUUCCGGAUCGACGGUUCUUUUAGUUGUUAAGCGUAGAGCUUCGUCGAAUACUUCUGGAAGUAUAGGAAAUUCCACUCUUCAGAGUCAUCGGUUGACUUUAACGAGAAAUAAUAAAAAAGAUGAUUUCGGAAUUGUUCUUGGUUGUCGUCUUUACGUGAAAGAAGUAACUCGAGAUAACACUGGGGUAAAACCGGGAGACGUUUUAACACGAAUCGGCAGCGUGGCUACGGAUAACAUGAGCUUAAAGGAAGCUAAGAAAUUGAUGGAUCAAUGCAAAGAUAGAUUGUCGAUCGUGGUAACCCGAGACAACUCCUGCUGUCACGUUCAACAACAGGCAAAGAGCGAAACUGGUGAAUAUCUUUCUGGGACGACGAGUUACAGUAGCCAGAACUUGUACGUUCCACCUCCAACGAGGCAACCGAUAGAGGACAAGAGCAAUCUUGUUCCUAGAGGUCGUGCAAGAGGGCCAUUGAUGGAUGUAUCUCUCAGUCAAUUGGAUCUUCCUGCAACACCUACGGUAGAUCCUCCCAGGCCACCGCCUCCUAGACCAGAAGAUUAUUAUAGCACAAGGAGACAAUUGUACGAUGAAGAUUUAUCUAGGAAUAAGCUUCCAAUGCCCGAUCCUCGAUUUAUUACUUUCCAAAAAGAGGGAUCGGUGGGCGUUAGAUUAAGCGGUGGAAACGAAACUGGCGUUUUCGUGACAGCCGUUCAAGCUGGAAGCCCGGCAUCUCUUCAGGGUUUACAACCCGGAGAUAAAAUUUUAAAAAUAAACGAUAUGGACAUGAAAGGAGUAACAAGAGAGGAGGCUGUCCUUUUCUUACUUAGCCUCCAAGAACAAAUUGACUUGAUCGUUCAACACCGACGACAGGAAUACGAUCAAGUAGUGGCAUCUGGAAAGGGCGAUUCUUUUCACAUAAAAACUCAUUUCCAUUACGAACAACCGCAAAAAGGUGAAAUGAGCUUUCGUAGCGGAGAUGUGUUUCACGUUGUAGACACGCUGCACAACGGUGUUGUCGGUUCGUGGCAGGUGUUUCGUAUUGGUAGGAAUAAUCAGGAAGUACAAAAAGGAAUAAUUCCAAAUAAAGCACGAGCCGAAGAACUAGCAACGGCGCAAUUCAAUGCAACCAAGAAGGAAAUGAGUGCCAGUGAAAGCAGAGGUAGUUUCUUUAGGAGAAGACGAAGCAGUCAUAGACGUUCUAAAUCUCUUGGCAGAGAUCAUUGGGACGAUGUAGUAUUUUCAGACAGUGUUAGCAAAUUCCCAGCGUACGAAAGAGUAAUCUUAAGGCACCCAGGAUUUGUGAGACCUGUGGUAUUAUUCGGUCCUGUUGCAGACCUAGCUAGAGAAAAGUUGUUGAAAGAUUUUCCUGACAAAUUCACGUCUCCGCAAAUGGAAAAUCAGUUGGAUGAUAACAUUGGAAAGAAUACAAAGUCGUCGGGUAUCAUUCGACUUAGUGCUAUCAGAGAAGUAAUGGAUCGAGGAAAACAUGCUUUAUUGGACAUCACUCCAAACGCAGUGGAUCGAUUGAAUUACGCGCAAUUCUAUCCUAUAGUCAUUUUUCUGAAAGCUGAAACGAAACAAAUUAUCAAGGAGAUGCGUGCCGGAAUUCCUAAAUCGGCGCAUAAAAGUAGUAAAAAGCUUCUGGAGCAAUGUCAAAAAUUAGAUAAAAUUUGGGGCCAUAUAUUCAGCGCGGUGAUUACAUUAACCACACCGGAAGCUUGGUAUCGAAAAUUACGAGAACUGAUCGACCGACAACAACAAGGACUACUUUGGAUGAGUCAAACCAAGCCGGAAGAAGCACUCUCGGAUGACUUCCUAUUCCCGAUGACUUCUCGCCUCUCCUAUGCUUCCUCUCCGGAGAGUGACUUGGAACUUAGUCCGGCACCAGCUUUGCCGGGUGCUUUGGGUGCACCGUCUAGAUUGAAAAGCAGCUCUGAUCCAAGCAUCGCUACACAAGACGACAUUGCUGCACCUCCUCCAUAUUCGACCACUUACCAGCAAUCCUUCGAACAACCAAAAAGAAGAUCACAAGGGGGAAUGGGAGAUGGAAAAUAUGGAUUUUCAUUAUCAGGGCAAGUUAGCAAUCAAUCAGGAUCACCGGAAUAUUUAGGUGGUUCGUUCGAGCCACGAUCCUCUUCUCAUCAUAGUCCUCCUGAUUUACCUCCGAGAGUGGAUCGUAAUGCAAAGCCGAGUAGUCAACAGCAAAGAAACACUAUCGGGAGGUCUGCGCAAGAACGGUUGCUAAAUAAGGCAGACUCGGUAUUGGACGUUGCAAAUUAUAUAAAUGCAACACCUCAUAAAGCUAAUGCCACAUCAUCGCUUGAAAGAGCCCAACCAAAAGCGGGAAGCUACGAUAGCAUGUCUUCUUAUGAUUCCUAUAAUAAUACAAAUGGAAAUACCAGUUAUGGGGUACCGGGUUUAAGUACAUCAACCGGUCGAUUGGGUCCUAAUGUUCCAGACGACUUAAAAAGCAGCGGUGGACCGGCAAGGCCACACGAUCCUUACAGAUUCACUAGAUCAACCGCGCAACCAAUUCCAAAUCAUGAUUCCCAACCACGAACCGAUUAUGCCAAAUACAGCCGCACGACUGAUUACAAGUCGAUAACGUUACCGCAAAAUAAACCUGGAGGAUCCUACAAGCCAAUACCCCCGCCGAAACCAAAAAACUAUAGGCCACCACAAACGAGUUUGACUCAAACAGAAAACAAUGGAAAUGAAGUAAAUAAUACUCAUCAACAUUCGAAGAGUUAUUCCAUUGCUACUUCGCAUGUAGAAGGUAUCAAUAAUGUCCAACGAAAUAGUGGACAGUAUUAUUACAACAUACCACCACCAAAUCGACAUGAUUCGAAUCUCGGAAAUUCACACCACAAUUUAAGUCACUUAUCUACGCCUGCGCACAAUCACAGUUUGAGUCAUACGCAUGCGCAUUGUAGCCCGCCAAUGUCGGCUCAUAGUCAUAGUAAUAGUGCCAGUCAGUUAAGCCUCGGUCUUUCGCAUAAUAGAAACAGUGUUAAUCACAACGGGUACGUCGUCAACAAUGGACACAAUGCACCUGGACAAAGUUUCCCAACGAGUCCAGGACAUAAUCGAGAACCGAGUGGACUAGAUCUCGCUGGAAGCAGGGAACAGAGAGGAAGCGCUUUUGAACUUUAUCGCAAACCUGUACACCAUUACAACGCGAGUUAACAAGUGCAAAGAUUUAUAAUUUUUUUUUAAUGAAAAAGAAAAGAUUAGAAUUAUUAGUCUUGCUAACAUGACAUUAAUGAUAGAGAACAUGAAUAUUUGGACGUCGUGAUAAACCUAUAAAUGGCAACGAAUAUACAUAAUGAGAAAGAAGAUCUCACAGGAAGGAUUAAUAAAUAACUAGGAAAUUGAA